CCGCCGAGAUGCUCCGCAUCCUCUCCGUCGAGGCCCCCUCGUCGCAGGAGGACUUCGACGCCUGGCUCGCUGAAAAGCUGCCCCAAAUCAUGCAGGAGGUUCAGGAUGAACCUCAGAUAGGCGAUGCGAAUGGAACAACAACAAUAGUAGGAGAUCAAAGGGGUACCAGCAGCAGCAGCUUCGGCUGUGAUGAUUGGAACAAUGCCUGCUCAACUUCUGGGCUUGAGAAUACUAAUGGACAAUUUGUUGGUCAUCACUCAGCUGGACCUUCACUCAGUUUUGAGCAACAGCAGCAGCUGCCACCGUCGAUCUGCCACAUCCUCUCAUCAUCAUUCUCAUGUUAUAAUCCAUCCUCCUCGUGCCAGCCGGUCAUGACAUCGACUACUCUUCUGCAGUCCAUGGGAGGCAACGAUCACCAUCCAUCGCUGCUCCUCGAUGGCUUCCCUACAUUCUGCCCUUCCAUGCCCCUAAUGUCGCCGCCGCCACUACCGGAGAACGGCACCGGCUGUCAUGAUGCCAACCAGCCAUCGCAGAUGCUGGCAACGGAUGAGCAAGUUGCGGCUGCUCAUCACCAGCAAGAUCCAAGCACCAUUGCUAAGAAGCGAGAGGAAAGGGACAGGGCCAAGCAAAGGUACAACGAGAAGAAGAAGAACAGAAAGUUCUGCAAGCAGAUCAUGUAUGCCUCCCGCAAAGCGAGAGCGGACACACGGAAGCGGGUCAAGGGCAGAUUCGCAAAGGCUAGCAACGAACACCAACACAUACUACACUCAGAUGCAGGAUAAAUUCACGAGCGACUAGGCCGAUUUUUUCGUUCUUUUUCUCUCUUUUUUUUCCAUUCGUUUUGCAUAUAGACAAUGCAUAUAUACACAAAAAAGCAAACAUUUUUUGUAGUUACAUCUUUUUUUCGGAUGUAAAUAAUAUCCAAAUAUUACUGUCGAUCAUGCCUAGGUAGACCACUCUUUUCCACACCACACAAAUACAUGCAUACCUCUAAAUUUGUGGAGAAGGCUGCACCUUAGAUCUUAGCCCUUUUCUCAGUUUUCUUUUUGAAUUUUCUCUUUCCUUUUUGAUAGUUUUGUGCUCAUUCUUUUUACAGAGAUAGUUUUGGGACACAUUCUUUUUAGGGAUGUACUUAGAGGACCUGGUACCAAGGUGUAAUAAUUCAGCCCUUGUCUAUGUGUACAUACGUUAUUAUAUCUUUGGCCUGA